AUGGGCUACUUUCUCAAGUUUAUUUGUCUAGCUCAGAAGAAAACUCCGAAAGUAUCCCCCAAUGCAUCUCGGAUGCUAUCCACAAUAGAUCUUAAAGCAGCAGAUCACGCACUUGCACGUUUAGCUCAAGCCCAGCUCUAUCCAGCUGAGCUUGCUCUGUUGAACUGUUCAACGAGAUGUGAGAAUGACCUCAAGUCAUCGCCACUCAAAUGGUUAAAACCGUUCAUGUGUGAGAACGGUCUGAUUCGAGUUGGAGGUCGCCUGUCUAACUCUGAUCUUCCUGAAGGCAUGAAACAUCCAAUUGUCGUCUCCGCAAAUCAUCCGUUGGCAGAGACAAUCGUGACUUACUACCAUGAAUUGCUCUUGCAUGCUAGUCCCCAGCUAAUGCUCUCAUUUAUUCGUCAAAAAUACUGGAUAAUUGGAGCACGAAACCUAGUCCGCCGUGUUUAUCAUCGAUGCAUCAAAUGUUUCAGGCAAAAACCAAUUUUGAUCCAGCAAGCCACAGCAGACUUACCGAAAUCCCGAGUGUCACCAUCCCGACCGUUCUCAGUUAGUGGCAUCGAUUAUUGCGGUCCCGUAUAUUUGAAAUCCGCAGUCCGUAGACACGGACCAGUCAAGGCAUACAUUGCUAUCUUUGUCUGCUUUGCAACGAAGGCCGUUCAUAUUGAACUGAUCUCUGACCUGUCGACACCAGCUUUCCUAUCAGCCCUCCGGCGGUUCGUAGCCCGUCGUGGUCGAAUCCGUGAACUACAUUCCGACAAUGGAACCGCAUUUAAAGGGGCAUCCAACCACCUACAUCACGUGUUUGAAAUGCUGAAAUCGAAUGGAACCGAACGAGAUCGAAUUGUCGCCUGUUGUGUUGACAAUGAAAUUGAGUGGAAAUUCCCACCACCUCGAGCCCCCCAUUUCGGAGGGUUGUGGAAGGCCGCAGUAAAAUCUGCCAAGUACAUCCUUCUGCGAGAAAUAGGCCACACAAGUAUCAGCCAGGAGGACAUGAUUACUCUGCUAGCACAGAUUGAAAUGUGCUUAAACUGUGACACCGGUUCCUGGUGA